GCCUCGAAAGGGAAAUAGUAGUAAAACUUUGUCCAGUUGCUUACAGUAUUUGCUGCACGAAUGUUGUAGAACUGUUUGGUAGAGAUGCAUGAAAAUAAUACUUGGAUUUAAGAACCAAUUACAUUUAUAAUCAUAUUGUUGUUAAUUGUCGGACCCUCCAUUAUGGUUAAUGGGACUACCGAGACGAACAGUUCCAGUCAUGGACUGAGUGAUGUUGAGCGAGUGUUGGUACCCAUAUUUGACAGCUUCAUCCUGGUAACCGGGGUGGUGGGACACAUCCUGGUUCUUAUCGUCAUCUGUCGUACGUUGCGGCGAGGACGUGGACAGCCCAGUGGAGGAAGAACUGGAGGAUUCCAACAAACAAAUGCAAAUGGCACAGAUGUUCUUCUUCUGUCAUUGAGUGUGGCAGACCUUCUUCUCCUUUCCUGUCUUCCAUACCACACAGUCGCCAUCGCAACCCGUCACUGGCCGUUUGGAAGCUUCAUGUGCAAAUCUGUGAGCUUCUUGAGUGCGAUGUGUACGGCGGCGAGCGCCUUUACACUGGCCACUUUGGCUUUUGCGCGGUACAUCAUUGUGGUCCAUCAGUCAAAAGCAUAUCAAUGGCGCAGAGAGGGGCAUUUAAAAGUAGUUGCGGGUGUACUGUGGAUACCAGCGGUCGUCUUGGCAUCGCCUCAGUUUGCUUGGAGGAUGCUGGACAACCAUAAAGCCCGUGAGAACCUGGCAUGUUUCAAUUUCCUGUCUGACAAAAGCCAGUUGGCAUAUGGAGUGUGCCACUUCCUUCUCGCUUUUGCAUUUCCUCUUGGGAUCAUUGUAAUAGCCUAUGUCAAGAUAUACCAUUUCCUCAAAACAACUAGACAGGGCCGCACAACUCAGACUGACCAUUUAGAGCACUACCAUGUGCAUGUGACCCAGACGUCUGCUUUGUUAGUGCUGGCUUUUGCAUUGUGUUGGCUGCCAUCCUAUGGCUUGAUGUUUGCCCAAAUAGCUGAGGGUGAUAAAGCGGCUGGUCCUUUACCUCACUUUGGACCUUUUGCUACCUUUGCUCGCAUCAUGGCAACCUCUUCUACAGUGGCCAACCCCAUUCUCUACGUUUUUAUGUCAGAGAAAUUCAGGAAGGAACUAAUGGCCCUGGGUCGAGGAGUCUGUAGAAAAAGACCCUCCUAAAGUCAUACAGUUAAGAGUUAAUUACCAUGAUUUAUUCCAUAAAGUAAGUUAUUUACAUAUGUGAAUGGCUGUAUAUAAUGUACUAACAAUGAACAUUUUGUUUAUAAACAAACAUGUAGAACAUUUUCAUGAGUGAUGCAACAAUGACCAAUGGUUUGGACACUAAGGAACUUAGUUCUGGUAUUUCAAUGUACCAAUUUUGCAGCCUUACAAAAUGUCAAGAGGAACCAAACAGCUGGCAUUGUACAUUGUUUUAAUAGUUUGUGUUGUUUAAGCCUCAAAUUUGUCAAGGGCUUGUUUGACUUAAGUUUUAAGGAGAACAUGCACUCUUAAAAAAAUGAAGGUUCAUUAUUGACAUCUGUGUUUCCAUGAAGAAUCUUUAACAUCCAGGGAACCUUUACAUUCCACAAAAGACUCUUAAUUGUGGAUUAACAUCCACAUUAUUAACAUGUUCUU